AUGGAUUUAUUCGAAAUUUAACCAGAAUCAGAUCUACAGAAAACGUUUCAUUAAUAAUUUCAUAAAAGGGUUUCAAUUUAGGAUAAUUAACACAAUUACAAAAUCUUUGGAUUCAAUAAAUGCUUUACAAAAAGUAAACUAAUUGAAACUAUAAGGAUGUAAAAGUCUAUUUAAGAAUUUUGCAAUACCAUUUCAAUAAACAGAUCAAUUUGA